CUACUCUUCACCUGCGCUAGCUCGCUUAUUGUCGCCAUGAUUGCCAGUUACUGGAGCGUGAUCCCGAUCGUACCUCUGUGUUUUGGAUUGAUCUACUACCGCAAUUACUACCUACGAGCCGCCAGACAGUUGAAGAGAAUUGAAAGUGUCGCUCGAAGCCCCAUUUUCGCGCAUCUUAAGAUAACCGUCAAAGGCCUGCCCUGCAUCAGAGCUUCAAGGAGUGAGGAGACCCAAAGGCUGGAAUAUCACUCAUUAACGGACCAACACACACGAGCCUGCUGUUUUGGUGUAGGAGCCAGUCGGUGGGUGGGCGUCCGUAUGGACAUGCUCUGCUUUCUCCUACUCACAGUUAUCGCAGCUAUGCUUUUAUGUCUCGGCAUCUUCUCGGAUAUGCAAAGCGGGACCAUGGCAAUUGUUCUUAUCUACCUGAUGUCCAUUCUCGGUGCGUUUCAAUGGGCCAUGAGACAGGGAAUAGAAGUUGAGAACCAGAUGGUAUCGAUUGAACGUCUCAUAGAGUACACUAAAUUGCCACCCGAGGAGGCAACAAAUGCCACAAUGAACGACGUCGCCAUGUUGCCAUUGAUCAGCGUGGAUCCACAAUGGCCUCCGCUGGGUGAAGUGCAGUUCCAGGACGUCUGGUUCAAGUACCCCGGAAAAACUAACUGGACCCUUCGAAAGAUCAAUCUCCAUAUUCGUCCCGGCUGCAAGUUGGGAAUAAUUGGUCGAACCGGCGCCGGAAAGAGCUCUCUUGUGUCCCUCCUCUAUCGAUUGGUGGAAGUGCAAUGUGGGCGGAUACUGGUUGAUCAGGUGAACACUGCUCAGGUGCAUCUGGCCGAUCUGCGCAGGCGGAUUUCCAUCAUUCCCCAGGAUCCACUAUUAUUCGCGGGUACCGUACGCAGCAAUCUUGAUCCAGAAGACCGUUUUACUGAUGACGCCCUCUGGCACGCUUUGGAGACGGUGCAACUGAAGUCGGUUGUGGAGGCUAUGCCAAAGGGGUUGCGUAGCCGUCUAGCUGAAGGUGGCUCCAAUUUGAGCUUCGGCCAACGCCAACUCUUCUCCCUCGCCCGAGCUAUUCUCAGGGACAACAAAAUUCUUGUCAUCGAUGAAGCCACAGCAAAUGUCGAUCUUGAGUAA